AUGGCCACCAAACUUGUGGAUCUGGUGUAUUGGCGGAAACUGAGAAAGACCGGUAUGGUGUUCACGGGGCUGGUGAUCAGUCUGGCCAGUCUGUUCCAGCUGAGUGCCAUCACCGUGCUCUCCCACAUUUGUCUGGGUGUCAUGAGUGUCACCUUCACCCUCCGUCUCUACUAUAAACUGCUGGAGCUGCUGCGCUGGAACCCUGGGGUCCAUCCCUUCCAGUCAUAUUUGGAUCAUGAUAGCUCUCUGACAGAUAAGGAGACAGUAAUGCUGGUGGAGGAGGUGGUGCUGCUGAUAGCGUUCGCUGUCACAGAGAUCAAAAGGCUGAUUUUCAUCGAAAGCAUGAUCGACUCAAUUAAGUUUGUCUUGCUCCUGUGUCUUCUGACCUACGUCGGAGUCUUUACCUGCGGACUGACUCUGGUGAUAACAACUGUGAUCGUUGUUUUCUCCCUUCCACUGUUGUACAAAAAGCAGCAGAUGCGGAUAAGGAGGAUGGUUAGAGCCGUCAAAGCUUUUGUAAAGAGAAUCAAAAACAUGUUCCUUGGUCUGUAUAAGUCAGUGAAACCGUCUCCUGCCCCUGCACCCGCAGCUGCACCUACACCCGCCUCCGCCCCGAAACAGAAAGCCAAGUCAAAGUAA